AUGGCUUUGAGUGGAAACUGCAGAACUUACCUCCCUCCUAGAGAACAAGCAACUGCUGCACAUCCCUUCCCAGAGGUGAUAGAACUGAAUGUGGGGGGCCAGGUUUACUUCACUCGCCUCUCCACGUUAACAGGCCUUCCUCACUCCCUGCUUUGGAAAAUGUUCACCUCCAAAAAGGAGACAGCCAAUGACCUGGCCAAAGAUUCCAAAGGAAGGAUUUUCAUUGAUCGAGAUGGCUUCCUAUUCCGUUACAUCCUGGACUAUCUCAGGGACAAGCAGGUGGUCCUGCCCGACCAUUUUCCAGAGCGAGGAAGGCUCAAGAGGGAAGCCGAGUACUUUCAGCUCCCAGAUUUGGUCAAACUUCUGACGCCCGAUGAGAUCAAGCAAAGCCCUGAUGAUUAUUGCCAUAGUGACUAUGAGGAGGUUUCCCAAAGCAGUGACACAAGAAUAUGCGCCCCUUCAUCUCUCAUGGCCUCGGAUAGAAAGUGGGGCUUCAUUACCAUUGGCUACAGAGGUUCAUGCCCCAUGGGCAGGGAGACCCAAGCAGAUGCCAAAUUCAGAAGAGUCCCAAGGAUUUUGGUUUGUGGCAGGAUUGCUCUAGUCAAAGAAGUUUUUGGAGAAAGUUUGAAUGAAAGCAGAGACCCAGACCGAGCUCCUGAUAGAUACACUUCUAGGUUCUACCUGAAGUUCAGGCACCUGGAACGGGCUUUUGAUAUGUUGUCAGAAUGUGGAUUCCACAUGGUAGCCUGCAAUUCCUCUGUGACGGCUUCUUUUGUCAAUCAGUACAGUGAUGAUAAAGUGUGGUCCAGCUACACAGAAUAUGUCUUUUAUCGUGAACCAUCACGAUGGUCAUCCUCACACUGUGACUGCUGUUGCAAAAAUGGCAAAGGUGAUAAAGAAGGCGAAAGUGGGACAUCCUGCAAUGAACUCUCCACCUCUAGCUGUGACAGCCAAUCAGAAGCCAGCUCCCCUCAAGAGACUGUCAUCUGUGGCCCAGUCACUCGCCAAUCCAAUAUACAGACUCUGGAUCGACCAAUCAAGAAAGGUCCUGUGCAGCUCCUUCAGCAGUCUGAAAUCCGGAGGAAAAGUGACCUGCUCCGAACUCUAACUUCUGGCUCUAGAGAAUCCAACUCUAGCAAAAAAAAAGCAGCGAAAGAAAAGCUCUCAAUUGAGGAAGAAUUAGAAAAAUGCAUCCAGGAUUUUCUCAAAAUCAAAAUCCCAGACAGGUUUCCAGAACGAAAACAUCCCUGGCAAUCUGAACUUUUACGAAAAUAUCAUCUAUAG